ACGCCGCGCUCGCUCCGGAAGGCAGCGUGCAGACUAGCGCAACGAGUCAAAGCGGGUCGGCGCGACUCUGGCGCGCGUCGCCGACUCCCGUGUGCCGACACGUGACAUGUCUGCGAUGUGCCUCCUCGGGUAGCUGCCCGCGUUGCCUUCCUCGCAUGGCCCUGCUUCGCACCUGUUGCUGCUGGCUGUCGGUGCGCAAGGGAAGCUUCGCAUGCGGCAUCUACACGCUCAUUUUCUACACCAUGCUAGUUGCAACAGGCGCAUGUCAUCUCAGCUCUACGCGGCACUCAACAGUCAGCUUUAUGCUGAUCGUCUUGCUGCUCAUUCUUUCCGGUUUUUGCAUCGUGUUCUCCGUGGUUCUUCUCCUGGGCCUCUUUUUCGACAAUCACCUGCUGUUGCUUCCGUGGAUCGCGUUCGUGUCCACGACCACAGUGCUGGACGUGGCUCUCUCGUUCUACUUCAUCACGGACCUGAAAAUCGACGGUUUUGUGAUCACCAUGUACGUUGUCGACUACGCCUUGUGCUUAGUAAAUGUCUACUGCGUAAUGUGCGUGGUGUCCCAAUACCAGCAGUACAUCGUCAGAGGGCACGCCUCGGAGCAGAGAAGUCGACAGGAGUCAUUGGCCAUGGUGACGACACAGAACAGGGGCGACAGCGGCGGCGGCCAAAGCGCAAAUCGAUCAGCCUUCGGCCGCAUCAGCUCGUGGUACAUGCGCUGGCUGUCUCGCAAGACAGCUUUGCCGCGCAGUGAAGACACCGUACUGCCGUGCCGAGUCGUCGUACCAGCAGACACCACCUACUCAGCUGAUGAAGGUGCGCUGGCAACGGCACCUGGUGCCACAGGCGCGGUCCCCGUUGAAGCAACUCGAAAGACCGAGCCUCCUUUGGACACCGGCCGAUGUGCUGAUGAGUCAUCCACAGGUCGGCAGCUCUGCACGGAAGAGACGUCCAUACAGCCCUGUGUUGAACGAGGGGAAGCGCCACCUCCAGGUUGCGAAGCGAUGGAUGACCUGAGCGUUGAAACGGAGCUCCGGCAUGAAGAAAUGACUCUCACCAAAGGAAUGCAAGAUCAUGGCGGCGGUUUCGUACCUGAGAGCCAGCCUUUGCUAGAUGCUCCGGGUAGGCUCAGCAUCGACUAUCAAAAGGCCGGUCCUGUUUGUGACAGGGCGUAGUGCUGGGCGUUUUUCUGCCGUCGUGCUGCUUGGAAACAAGACAGCGACGCAGACCCAGGAGAAUUUCAGUGAGACUGCGAAGAGCCGCCGCUGGGACAGCCUGAUGUUCGAGAUUAACGGCGAGGACAGAAGAAUUAAGCGUCUCCGUUAUGGCUGAGACUGAUAUUUCCCAAGAACUUAAUUCACUAAUGAGAAUACGUUAAAAUGAGCAAAGUCUGUUCGCUUUGGAUAACGCGCCGUGAUUUUCUUACCUACACAUAGCUGCCUCGAUUACUGCGUUCAUAUUCGAUGUAGCUAAAUGUUCGGCGCGCGACUGAAGCGGUGAAUUCUUGCACGCUGUCCUUUGCACCCAUGUACAGAAAAGCGCGUGUUUUGUGCGUUCAUUCGGUCAAGUACUCUAAGCACGGUAACCAUUCAUUAUCACGUUUUUCACAUUUUUUCAAUAGUCAUACAGAGUUAAAGAACUGCAAUAACCACGCUUGCCUUCGCGUUGACGUUAUAUUUCAAGCGCUGGCGUGGCUUUGUGGUUUCAGUGAUAUUUCGUUAGGCUUGAAAGUAGCACAUAUAAAGAAUUAAAAGGCCAUAGAAGUUAUCCCCAGCUUCAGGUAUCUCAUAUUAGACACACAUUACCUGAAACUUUGGUUGCACAUUGCUGGCUUCUUUAUAAUUUGCGUACUCUAAUUGAUGAAAGCAUCGUCCCAAGAAAACUCCAGUUAUCUCGUUAGGGCUAUUUAAGGCACAUUUUCAUUAGUUAGGUUAAACAGUCGCCCUGAGGCAACUUGGAUUGUUGCACGUUCCACGAGCCGCCCUCUGCAAGAAUGUAAAGCAGUGGGAGCCGAUGUCGCUCGGAACGAAACUAUGUAUGAAUGGCUAACAUUGCGGCAUAAUAGAAUCUCGAAGAAAGCAGAUACGUUGCGUGACGAUGAAUCCAAAGUCGUAACCGCAGCAUGGUAUGAAACAACGGCUGCUGGUCCUUUUUAAACAUUUUUAGUUUACUGCAUUUGGAGCGAUUUAACGCCUGUGAGUAUAUACAUAACGUGCGCGCGUCAAGAAAAGUGAUGCUUCAUCCAGAACUCAUCGUGCAGGUUGCACUCUGCUCCGUUCUGUGCGGUUAGUGAGAGUAGCGACGCCAGUGAAUGUGCCGCGAGGGGCCGUCCGACACCGUGAGAAUUGUACAGACGCUGUAUAUAACGUUACAUCCCCCAUUGCACCACCAAGUUCGCACGCUUUCACCGAAGCGCCGCUCAUCGGGCGACCAGUAAGCUACAUAUUGACAAAGUGGGUAUGAGUGGGAACAUUUAUCUCGCAAAGAAACGUUUUAACAUGCAGAGAUAACCUGUUUGCGUGUACAAAGUACCAUCGAGUAGCUGUGGUGAAAAUUAAGAUAAUCAUCAUCCCGUCGCACGCACCAAAAUUUUGUAUAAUCGCGAUAUCGUCUGACAUGAUCACCAUCAAGUCCCUCUCAGUUUAUGUAUCUACACGUAUACCUUCAAAUGCAGCUUCACAUUUUAACUUACUUUUUAGUGUCACCCAAGAAAGAUCGUCGUUAACCUAACCAUUUACAUCCCAGCCUUCUAAG